UGGCCCAGGCCGGGCAGAGUCCAUCCCAGGCGCUGCAGCUGGAGACAUGGCAACUCCCUGCAGAGAGCAGAUCCACCAGGAGGUGCAGGAUUACUAUGGCAAAGAGCUGCAGAAGUCAGAAGACCUCAGAACCAACGCGUGUGUCACCUCAGCCAGGCCCCUUCCCAAGGCGGUGAGAGAUGCUUUGGAGCAUGUCCACGAGGAAGUGGUGGCCAGGUACUACGGCUGUGGGCUGGUGAUCCCGGAGUGCCUGUUCUCAUGCCGGAUCCUGGACCUGGGCAGCGGCAGCGGCAGAGACUGCUACCUGCUGAGCCAGCUGGUCGGGGAGCAGGGCCACGUCACUGGCAUAGAUAUGACCGAGGGCCAGGUUGAGGUGGCAAAGAAGCACAUUGCCUACCACAUGGACAAGUUUGGCUACCAAAAGCCGAAUGUGGAGUUCCUCCAUGGCUACAUGGAGAAGCUGGGUGAUGCUGGGCUGGCUGAUGAGAGCUACGAUAUUGUUAUCUCGAACUGCGUGAUCAACCUUGCCCCUGACAAGAGGGCUGUGCUGCAGGAGGCCUUCCGCGUGCUGAAGCCCGGGGGAGAGAUGUACUUCAGCGACGUCUAUGCCAGCCAGCGCCUGAGCGAGACCGUCCGGAAGCACAGGGUGCUGUGGGGGGAGUGCCUGGCAGGAGCCCUGUACUGGAGAGACCUGUACAGCAUCGCUGAGGAGGUGGGGUUCAGCCCCCCGUGCCUGGUCACUGCCAGCCCCAUCACCGUCGGAGACAAGGAGCUGGAGGGCAUCAUUGGAGACUGCCGCUUUGUUUCUGCGACUUUCCGCCUGUUCAAGGUGCCAGGUGGCAGCCGGGCUGGGCCAGCACAGGUCAUCUACAACGGUGGGAUCGUGGGGCACGAGCGAGAGCUGGUGUUUGAUGCCAACUUCACUUUCAAGGAAGGAGAGGUGGUGGACGUGGAUGCUGAGAUGGCUGCGAUCUUGCGAAGCUCCAGGUUUGCAGAGGAAUUCCUGAUCCGAGCCGGCGCCAGUGCCACAGCACUGCAGGGCAACUGUUGCAAGGGGGUGAAGGAGAAGAUCUGCAAUCCCUUCCAGCUGCUGGAGCAGCUGGCAGCCCCAGGUCCUGCCUGCUGUCCUCGUGGCACCUAUGGUUCCCCAGGGUGCUGCUGAGUGCCCACACACCAGCAGAUGCCAGCGAGGCAGCAGAACACGGCCCCAGCGGUGUGUCUUCCACCAGAGAGCAAAUAAAUGU